AUGAACAAAGUGCUGCGGCCGCUUAGGUUGUUAGCACAUCAACGUCAGUCCUUGAUUUUAUCAGCUUCGCCGAUACUGUUACCAGCGACGCGACAUGACGGCAUUGAGCAGCAUCUGAAUACAGGCGAUGAAGUUGAAGAAAGUCUGAGACCCCAAACAUCUGGAGAUGAGUCUCAAGUCAACAGAAACGAGUCUUCGGCAGACGCUCAAGACUUCACAAAAAGUACACUGAGCCAGAAGGUAGCGGAACCCAUAUUUAUCGAGACAACGUAUGGGCUUCGACUAGAAAUACCCGACGAAGGACAACUGCGGAUGAGGGUCUUGGAAGCCACUGCACAACAUUUAGAAGAUCGAUCGUCAGACUCAAACGACGAUAGACCGGCCGGCCUUCACUAUCGACUAUUUCCAGACUGGCAGACAUCUUAUCUCUGGUACGAUUCGUCACAAAACACAAUGCCUGAUGACGACGAAGGCCCCGAUGUAGACUUGGACGUGAUCAAAGAACGUUAUCCAUCCCUAUCGCCCUACUACGAAACAUGGCGCCAGGUGUACGAGACUGAGUUUGAGAAGCAGGAAUGCCACCUGGGUAGUAGUGCUGAAGUUUUUCCCGAUAGAGAUGAUCGCAUCGUAUGGGACGUGGAGGGCUUCUUACUGGCUUGCUGGCUGGUCCUGCGACCUGAAGUCCGUUCUGUGGAGUAUGCGCCUCGGUCUGCGACAUACGUUGUUGAGAAGAACAACAUCAACAACGUGGCUUUGACGUUUCUUCAGGACCUCGCAGGGGAGAUGGAAAUAACGGAAAAGGUGGGUGGAUGA